CAAUCUUAGAGAUCGUGACAUUAGACUGCUCCAUCAAUGUUGUUAUCACUGUUACAGAGUCCAUACAGAUACGCUAUCCUUUAAAGAUGCGGUUAGUUACUCUGCUAUGUGUCUUCGUCUGUUCUGUUAAAAUCAAAGCUAGUCCUUUGCCGAAAAAAAUAAUAAUACAGCAAUACUAUGACAAUCCAGCGGUCAAGAGAUACCGGGAGUAUGUACAGAUAGACACGAGCCGGGAAGAUAAUUUACACUAUGCUGUGGAAUUCUGGCGUCGUCAAGCUCAGGAAUUGGGCUUGGCUUUUACCAUACAUCGCCCCGCCGGGAAGCCCAUUUGUGUGAUCACCUGGGAGGGCGCCGACCCUUCUUUGCCCAGCAUCAUGCUUAACUCUCAUAUGGACGUUGUUCCUGCAGAGCCAUUAUCAGAUUGGACAUACCCCCCUUUUUCGGCGCACAUGGAUGAAAACGGUGACAUUUAUGGGCGCGGCACACAAGACGACAAGGAUGUCGCUAUACAGUAUCUAGAAGCUAUCAGAAAACUCAAAAAUGAUAAUAUCACUCUUCAGCGUACUUUGCACGUGACUUUGAUGCCAGACGAAGAAAUUGGAGGAUUCAACGGAAUGCUGCCUUUUAUAAACACGACUGAGUUUUCAACAUUGAACGUUGGUUUUGCCCUGGACGAAGGACUGAGUACCUCCGAUGGAAACUACGUAGCCACUUACCAAGACAGGAGGCCGUGGAUCUUAAAGUACACCGUAUACGGAGAAGGCGGACAUGGAAUUUUAAUGCCAGAAGGAAGCGCUAUGGAAAAGGCUCAAAGCUUAAUAAACGUGAUUAUGAAAUUCCGAGAUGAGCAAAGACGCAUCAUGUACACGAAGGAACCGCUCGAUUACGGGGCAUAUAAUUCAAUAAACAUCAAUGUUAUUAACGGUGGAAGUGUUGCAAACGUGAUUCCUAAAUCAAUUACAAUAAUGGUCGAUAUCAGGUUGGCUCUAACAACAGAUGCUGAUGAACUUUUAGCUUUGACAGAAGCCUGGCGUAUGGAGAGUGGAAAUAGAACGGAAUUGGAGUUUGUGCGUCAUGUGACUAAGUCGGCAGCGACGAAAGUCGGCGACGACAAUGUGUUUUGGAAGGCGUUUAGAGAAGCUAUUACUGAUAUGGGUAGCACGGUGACGCCGCUCGUCUGCCCGGCGGCCACCGACAUGAUCCCGUUACGCGACCGCGGGAUACCUUGUAUUGGAUUUUCUCCAAAGAUUCACACGACAUCCAGGAUCCACACGACUAACGAAUACCUGAAUGUAGACACGUUCCUCCAUGGAAUUGAUGUUUAUGUUGCGAUUUUAAAUAAGUUGGGAAAUGUGUUAUUGGUGUAUGAGAGUGUCAAUAUGAUGUACGGUUUGCUUUUCAUGUGUGUGUGUGUGUUGGGUGGAGUUCACGCUGCUGAAGACUACUCCAAUAAUGAAUCAGUACAACUUUUAAGACAAUAUGUUCAGAUUAACACAACCACGGGAAGAGAUCUCAGCCCAGCUGUGCAGUUUUGGAGAUCGCUAGCGGAAAAAGAAGGAGUACCUAUCAGUGAAUAUGAGUAUGAAGAAGGCUAUCCAGUACUCGUGCUCAAGUGGGAGGGCUCUGACCCAUCCCUCAACGCUAUUAUGCUUAACUCUCACAUGGACGUGGUGCCGGCUGAUGAGAGCGAUGGUUGGAGCUACCCGCCAUUUGACGCAGAAAUAACUUCAGAUGGGGAUAUCUAUGGGCGCGGCACUCAAGACAUGAAGUCUAUUUCUAUACAGUACUUCGAGGCCCUUCGACGUAUAAAAGCGAAUAACGUUACUCUUCUCAGGACGGUCUACAUGACUCUUAUGCCAGAUGAGGAAGUCGGCGGUGAGUCUGGUAUGAUACCGUUUCUGAAGACCGCAGAAUUCGCUGCUUUGAAUGUGGGAAUCGAGUUCGACGAGGGCACUCCAUAUCCUGUUCCGUUUAUUCCCGUUUUCUAUCAAGAUAAAUCUGUGUGGCAAAUUCAAGUGGAUUGUCACGGCGUAGCCGCUCACGGCUCCACGUUCCCCCCGACCAACUCUACCGCUACGGGAAAGUGCCGUAAUGUGAUGGACGUUCUGCUAAACUACAGAGAAGAACAGUACGAGAUAUCGAAAACGGCUACAGUUUUCGACGCAGGAGUUUACACUUCCAUAAACCUUAAUAAAUUAAACGGUGGCACCGCAAACAAUAUAAUACCCAGUCAUGUGAGCCUGACUUUCGACAUCAGACUGGGUACGAGAGUCGUCGAAAAAGAUUUUCAACAAAAGCUUGAAGCCUGGAUAUCCGAAGCUGGUGACAACGUGACCCUGACUUACAUUUCAAAGAACAAGCAAUCGCCAGCCACACAAAUAGGCUUAAAAAACCCUUACUGGAAUGCGAUCACAGCUGCAGCCCUUUCUCUGAAAAUCAUCAUUCUGCCCAUAGUGCCGCCAGGUUCCACCGACGCGCGUCACGUCCGCUCGGCCGGCGUACCAGCCUUCGGCUUCUCUCCCAUGCCCAAUACCCCACUGUUGCUGCACUCAGUGGAUGAACACCUUAACGCGAAGACUUUCCUCAAGGGCAUCGAUAUUUACGAGAAAUUCAUAACCAACCUCGCGAGCAUCCCAGAGACUUUGACGAAGGCAGACCCAAGCGCCUAUCUUUAUAGUACUGUUGAGUGAAACUGCACCUUAUUUCACAUUCUUUAACCGCAAAAUGUUUUGCAGCUAACAUGAAGGCUCGGCUGAAGUUGUGUUAAUUUAUGACUGUUUUAGAGAAUUAAGGAAAAGUACCAGUUUUAAAGCAGUCAAACAUAUUUAAAAGACAACAUCUAUUUAUUUUUUGUCCGGUAUUAUUAUUUAUUAGAUUUUUUUAAAAUUACAUAAUAAAUGAAAGCAAACCUGA